CAUUCGAAUCCUUCCAAGCUCAUCCCUUUCAUUAUGACGGCUAUUCUUGACACAAACCUUAACUUCACUUCUCAAAGACAACAGAGAGAUCCAAGCUCAGUUUUGACAAGGCUAAGCGAGGACCAUGCUUCAUGCAUAUGAACCCGACAUAUUCCCAUAACUUGGAACCCUCAUCAUGGCAUCCUCGCACCAAACUGCAUCGAUCGAAACCCGGCUAAGGUCACCCAAAAGGGCAUGCGCAAAAAUAUCUUGGGACGAACAGGAAAGUUUAAUAUCCACAAGUACCGCCAGUGGUGGCGAAAGCAUGAGCCAUAUCCGUUCCGCAGAUUCAUCUUGCCAUCGUAUCCUCGCUUGGAAAUCGACUCCCCCAGUCCCGAGAGUAAGGGACGAGAAGAGCACGGGGCGUUGCGAAAACGCGUAAAGCCGCGAUGGAGUCCAAGUGGCCAUGCGAGAUUUCUAUUGUGGAGAUGUGUGGGAUGUGCACUUUUGUCUCACGCGGGAUAAGUAUGCUGUCUUCCCCAGAAAGUUGAUGCGACUCUGUCGUCGCUUUUUUGAGUCACCGCGGGUCGAUAGACACUCUUUGCUUCACCCAAAAUCUCUUUUCUCAAUUUCUUUUUGCCGAGUUUGUGCCGUUGAUCGUCAUGGCGAAUGUUGAUCUGCCAUUGGUGAUUGUUACCCUGACAGGUAGUUUGCUGUCGUUUUUGGGAACUACUUUCAUUUUGAUUUGUUAUUUGAUUCUUCCACAAAAGAGACAUAUUCGCCAUGCGCUUAUUAUCAAUUUGACUGUUGCUGAUUUCAUCAAUGCCGCCAAUAAUAGCAGCUCCGGAUUAUGGGUCUUAGUUAUGAACAAACCUUUGAGGGCUGGCACCGGAUGCACGCUUAAUGGUUUUGUUGGACAGUUGUCUGUUCAGGCUGUUGAUCUUUCUAUUCUCGUUAUUACGAUCGUCACGCUUUGGGUGGUUACGUCGUCGAGAUCGAAGCAUGAUAUGAAAUUGAGCUACAUUUUUAUUUUCUGCGGCUGCUCAUGGGCAUUGCCAUUGAUCACAAGUGGCACUGCACUUGUCAUGAAUGCCUACGGCCCCGCAGCGACGAACUGGUGCUGGAUCAACGAAGACCCAGUGUACUUACGCUACGUACUCACUCACGGCUGGCGAUUUCUGAUCAUCGGCGCCGUUAUUUCAAUGUGUAUCUACAUCCAGGUGUACCUCCGCCGACACUCGAGACUGAUGAGUCUUGUCGAGGACGGGCAGUCAUGGAAGGAGGAAACUCUCGUACAGGAAAUUAGCCACGAAAGCCAGUUUGCACCAACUCCUUCCAACGGCAAACUUCAGAAGCAACCUCCCAAACCCACACGUUAUGAGCGUGUCCGCGCCGUGUUCGUACGCCCCAAAGUCGACCCGCGGAACGAACUCAUGCUCCGCCCACAAUCAAAACAGGAUCAGCAGAAAUCCAUCCAGAAGGCUAUGCUGCUCCACGCAUAUCCGAUAUUCUACAUCCUGUUGUGGUUGCCCGGUAUUGCGAUGCGAAUUACUCAAGCGAUGGGUCAUCACUCGUAUGUGUUGCAGGUAAUGCAGGCCAGUACCCAAUUCAUUGGGUUUGCGAACGCCGUGACGUUUGGGUGGAAUGAGAAGAUUGGAGAGCAGUUGAAGCGAAAGCUUAUGAGGAGAUCAGGGAAUUAG